AUGGCCGACGUCUUCAGCCUCGACAAGCUUUCCAUCAAGAAGCUCAAGGCCCUCGCCGGGCGGAACAAUGUCAGCUUGCGAGGCUGCUUCGAGAAGUCGGACAUCAUCAAAACUCUGCGUGACGCUGGCGUGAAGGAGCACUCGGGGCCGCCGCCGGCGACGUCCUCGUCGAACGAGGCGACGCCGAGGCAUGCCCAGCAGUACAACGCCACCGUGCCCGGCCAGGCGUACACGUCGGCCUACUCUUCGCCGAUGCCGUCCGCGAGGAAGCCGCGGUCGAAGGAGGCGGACCUGCAAGCUUUAUCUAUAUCUCAGCUGAAGCGGGUCGCUCGAGAGCGUAGAAUAGACACGUCGCACUGCUUCGAGAAGGCUGAUCUCAUAGCGGCGCUGCGGCCGCCGCCCCUGCCGCCGCCGACGGCCUCGUUGUUGCCGUGCGUGCGCGUGCUGCCUCGCGUGCGACCGGCGCCGCCGACCGGCGCGCCGCCGAAAACAACACCUAGAGCCGCGCCGCCGCCGCGCCGCGAGAACGGCAAACCCAUCACGCCGCCGCAGCGGCCCUCCUUCUCGAGCGGCUACGACGAGGUCUGGGACGUGCGUAGAGAAGGAGACAAGCUCACGCCGCGCAUCAACACGCUGACGCGGCGCGACUCGUGGCGCGAGCGCGACCCCUACGCGUCUCCCUAUAGACGGGACCCGUACCGGCGCGACCCGUACCGCGAACAGCCGAACAGCGCGAGGAGCGACCGCAGCGAGUCGUCGUCGUCGUCCUUACGACGGCCGAAGCCGCGGCGCGCCUCCGACGAGCUGCCGCCGCGGCGCGACCUGCCGUACCGCGACCGCGACCCGUACCGACGCCCGGACCCGAGUCCGCGCGACCCGUAUGCGCGCGACCGCGACCCGUACGCGCGUGACCGGGACCCGUACGCCCGGGACCGCGACCCGUAUGCGCGGGACCGCGAUCCGUACCGGGAGCGCGACCCGUACGCGCGCGACCGCGACCGAGACCCGUACGCGCGGCCGGCGUCGCGGGACCGGGACCCCUACGCACGGCCGCCGUCGUCGUCGCGGGACCGCGACCCGUAUGCGCGGCCGCCGUCGUCGUCGCGGGACCGGGACCCCUACGCGCGGCCGACAUCGUCGUCGCGGGACCGGGACCCGUACGCACGGCCGGCGUCACGGGAACAUUCGCGGGACCGGGACCCGUACCGCCGCGACCGGCCGCGCAUGCGGUCGCCGCCGCGCGAGUACGAGGGCGAGCUCGACCCGCGGUCCGGCACGGAGCGCUGGCGGCCCGUGCGCGACGAAGAGCGGCGGGGCGAGCUGAGCCCCAUGGAGAAGGCCGAGGGCUGGGGCCGGUCGCGGCGCGACGGCAACGGUUCUCCCACGUUCGGACGGAAGGACUCGUGGCGCGACGCGCCCGACUCGGCUCGUUCUCGCAAGCUCGAAAGGAAGGAGUCGUGGCGGACGCGACGGCGGCCGUCGCGCGACUUCCUGGACGACGACGGCGACCAGUCGCCGAUGGACCGCGCGGCGGCCUACGGUAGGGCGCAAAGAAGGGGAAAUUUCGACGACCACCCCGACGCCCAGGGUCCUGGUCGGAGACCGCCGGGCGACGACCAGCCUAAAUUGCGGCGGCCGCCGUCGUGGCGCUCGUCGGGCGGCGACGCGCCGUCCACGAAAUCGCCCCCACCACUCGAUCGCGUGCCGUCGUGGCGCAAGUCCCAGGACACGUCGCCGCCUACCUUGCAACCGUUGGAACCGAAGAAGCGCAAAAGUCCGCCUCCUUUAUGGGGGAAGAACUCUCCGAGAACUACGACGAAGUCGCCGCCACCGCUCUGGACGGGGAAGAAGAGUCCGCCGCCGCUGUGGAAGACGAAGGAACCAGAUAGACCGCCGCCGGCGUUUGAUUCUGUAGGAUUGGGCGGUGCUCCGGAACGCGCGCCGCCGCCCUGGAAGACCGACGACACGCCGUCGUCGUCUCAAAGAAGUGCCGCGGACGGCUCAUCUAGAGCGCCGCCUUAUGGGAGACGCCCAGCACCGUCGGACGACGACGACCCCUGGGCCGACCUGGAGCGCGAGGAGGCCGGCGAGCCCUGGGAGCCGCCGUCCUCGACCAAGAUCCGCGUGAACGACUCGUCGCCACCACCAGAACAGGGCUCGCCCAUGUCGACGUGGCAAAAAGAAGCCGAGGUCGAGGACAAGGAACGUAGAAGGCGUAGAGCCGAGGACCAGCGGCGGGAGGCGGAGCGGUUGGAAGCGAAGAAGCGCGAGGAGGCCCAGGAGGCCGAUCGUAGAAGGCGGGAAGAGGAUCUGCGGUUAGCUGAAGAAAGACGUCGAGAGGAGGAUGAAAGGCGUCAAGCAGCAUUGAGGCUGGCCGAGGAACGCCGUAGGGAGGAGGAGCGGCUCAUCGAGGAGGCCGCCGCCAAAAGAAAAGCCGAGGCCGAGGAGCGGCGCCGCGAGUUCGAGCGCCAGGAGGCGCUGCGGGCGCAGGAGGCCGAGAAUGAGCUGAGGAAGGCCCGCGAGGCGGCCGAGGAGCGGCGCCGCCGCGAGGACGAAGAACGCGAGCGCGAGGCCCAGAAGCGGCGCGAGGAGCUGGCCGCGCGGCGGCGCGAGUUCGAGCGGCUGGAGGCCGAGGCCGAGGCAGCCCUCGCGGAGGAGCGCGCGGCGGCCGAGCGGCGGCGGCGCGAGGAGGACGCGGCGCACGAGCGCGAGAUUCAGCGCCGGCGCGCCGCGCGCGAGGAGCAGCGCCGCGAACUCGAAGAAGAGGCGGCGCGCCAGCGCGAGGAGGACCAGCGCCUCGAGUUUGAAAGAGAGGAGGCCGCCGUCGCGCGGCGGCGCGAGGCCGACGCGGCGCGGCGCCGCGACUUCGAGCGCCAGGAGGAGGAGCGCCUCCGCGAGCAGUCGUACCAGCGGCGCGCCGACGACUGGCGCCGGUCGCCCGAGCCGCGCUGGGAUGAGGGGAUUGAGGCGGCGCCCGAGCCCGCGCCCGCGCGCGCGCCGGCGCCCGCCGCCGCCGAGCCCAAGUACGCGCCUCAGCGGCAGCGCGGCGACUCCGAGUCCAAGGAGCGCGCGCGCGAGACGACGUCCUGGUGGCGCCGCUCGAGCCGCGGGUCGUCGUACGACGAGCCGCGCGACCGCCAGCCCGCGGCGCGGUCGUCGUGGUGGCGCCGAGCGCGGCCGACGUACGACGGCGACGACUCGCCGACGGCGCGGCCCGAGCGGCGGCGGCGCGAGGACUCCUACGACGGCCGCCGCCGCGACGAGCGCGACACGCCGUCGCCGCCGAAGGACUACCGAAGCGACUACCGCGCGGAACGGUCCUUCGAGGCGACGGGCUAG